AUGAGUCUGUCAUCCUUUCUUAUAAGUGCGCACGAAAAGAACAGCUCGAAGAAGGGGAAGGAAGUGGUCUUGGACAAAAGGCUCGACGACAUUUUCCACUCGAGUACAGGAGCUUCCCAAACAGAUCCUUCUACCGACGCUCAACCAAUUAAUGUAGAUCAGAGUAAACUACACGGUUCUUCUGAACGUGGGAAACGGGUAAAGAAGCGCAAACUACAGGAUGCAGGGUCUACGAAAUCAAAGAGGUCGAAGGGCGAGAGCGAGAAGGAAACAGUCUCGGAAAACCCGGCUCCUGGGGGUGAACGUUCAAGGGCACGUAGUGUAGCUGCCGUGCCGGAGGCGGUCUCAGAAGACGACCAUGAUCAAGACAGUCCGACAGUAGCCGGCCAGAAACAUGGACAGUCAAGCAGUACGAGUCGCAAUGCUGAGGUUUCAAGUAACGUUGAAGACUCUCAGUCCGAAAACGAAGACUUGUCCUCACGCCUCCUCCACGAGUCUCUCUCGAAAGAAAGUCAAUCGAAGCAGCAUGGGCGUACCAGAACGAAGCACGUUCCUCCAGACGAGACAAUGGAGCGCCGAAAUGCACGAACAAUAUUCGUUGGCAACGUUCCCGUUGAAGUAGCUAAGAGUCGGUCGCUACAGAAGCAAUUUAAGCGAUACAUCCUCUCCUUCGUACCCACUGCCAAAGUCGAAUCUAUGCGCUUCCGCUCCGUCGCAUUUCAAAAGCCCACAUCUCAGCUGCCCGCCCUGACCGAUAUGUCAAGCGACAAAUUUGACACAAAAGGCAAAACAAUAAGCAACAAGGAUGGAAGGCAGCACGAUCGUGACCGCGCUGCGUUCUGGCGGGCAUCGAAGGGGCAGCACGAGGAAGAGGCGAGGAAGACAUAUCUCACCCCGAAAGAGAAGAAGCGAAUCGCGUUCAUCAAGCACGAGAUCCACGAGGGCGUGGACGCCGUCAACGCAUAUGUCGUGUUCGCGCACGCUCCGCCCUCUACCGCUGCGCGCGUGGGCAACAUGCCUCCGUCUGCAUUGACGAUGGAUCCGUAUGAGGCGGCCAAGACCGCUGCUGAGCUCUGUGAUGGUACCGUGUUCAUGGAGAGGACGCUGCGCGCGGACAGAGUAGGACGGGAUAGUGAACACCCUGGCAAAAAUGGCGACAUCGCAGGCGAUCCCAAGACCACGGUGUUCGUGGGAAAUUUGGAUUUCGCAAGUAAGGAGGAAGACUUGAGGGUGUUCUUUGAGGCGCUGGUCAGUGCAGAGAGGGGUCCGCCUCCAGAAGGGGGCGAUAGUGGUGAAGAGGACGAGGAAGACGAAGAUGAGGACACGAAGAUCGAAAAUGCGAGAACGUUGAAACCGCGGACGUGGGUAAAGCGUGUUCGCAUUAUCAGAGACCAGGACACACAGCUCGGGAAGGGCUUCGCAUAUGUCCAGUUUAUCGAUCGAGAAUGUGUAGACGAGAUCCUUGCCCUGGAACAAGACCGUCUGAAAUUCGCGAAGCGUAAACUGCGUGCGCAGCGCUGCAAGAUACCUCCAGGUUCGAAGGUCACUACAAGGCCUGCAAGACCGCUCAAGUCCUCCACCGCAUCAUCUUCCGUGGUGAAACACCCUGGUACUGCGCAGGCUCGGACAGCCCCAGCACCCAGAGGGGACCCCACACUAGGCACGAAGAUCUCACAUCUGUCGAAGGACGAGCGCAAGCACGUCAAGGCUGCUGACCCCGACCGUGUGGCGCGCCGGCUCGCCAAGAAGAAGGCGAAAGCCCUAGCGGAGAAGGGGGUGAAGGUGAAGAUCGACCGGGAGCGGGUGCGGAAGCGGGCGGGAGAGAAGAAGGCGCCGGGAGCCUUGCAGGAGAAGGUUAAGAGAAGAGUAAGAAGUGGGAGGGCGCUGGCCAAGAUGAACACGAAGAAGUAG